CGCAUCGCACGCAGUGACACGAAAGCGCAACAGCUGUCGGCGUAAAACAACGCGCUUCGUGUGCUGUGCAACGUAACUCGCGUUCUGGUCGUCGGCAGUUCUCCGCACCGUUUCACGUCUGAACGGAGGCUGGUUGGUGUUUUUGGACUAGAUCAUCCGUCAAAUUCGAAGGGUGACAAAAUGUUGGUGAGCAACGCCAUCCAGCUUACAGUAUUCAUGGUAGCUGUUUUAUGGAAAAACGAAGCCGAAGCGGCGACAAAAGCAUCUGUCAAGUUCUGUGGUCGCCACCUGAGUGAGAUCAUGAGCAGAGUCUGUCACGCAUACAACGGUCCUUCAUGGGACGUUCCUACAGUUGAACAACCCGGUGGGUUGCUUCGACGAAAACGGCAACUUGGCAUCGCCGACGAGUGCUGCUUAAUGGGCUGCACUUGGGAACAAUUAAGCGAAUAUUGUUCUAUUAUUGCAUAUUCAGAAUCGCCAUUAGAAGAUUUAGAAUCUCACGUAAUCGCAGAUCGUUCGGCGGAACAGGAGAACCUAGCGGCUGGUGCUAAAACGACGACUACAACGACGACACCGGCUGUGGUAGGCAGUGAUGAGCACGUGCACGUUCGAGGCGAAACGGGACUCGCAUCGAGUCACGGGUACGGGCGGGCCAGAGGACGCCGCUGUUGGUGCCGGCGCAAGAGGCGCUCGGGCCGACGGCGAGCCUCCCUCGUGGGUAACAUGGCGAUCAUAAAAAAUGCAGUUCGCGCCGCUCCCGUCGUGGGCACCGUGUCACCUCUGAUUACAUGGGGCAGAACCCUCAACACGGACCUACCGCGACCGGACAAUGACAGAUACGCUUACGUCGUCUACACGUAAAUAUUGAACCUUGCUUUCGCAUGCAAGAUAUGUUAUCUAAUAAAAGCUGGAUUAUUCGACCUAUAAUUCAACUUUUCCUAUAAUAGUAAUAAUAUUUCUACAUAAUAUUAUUUAACCUACACAUUAUGUUACAUUACAGAUAUUAAAACGUUUUAUGCGUAGGUAUAAUAACUGAAAGUGUUCAAUCAAAAUACCUGAUUAGUAGGUAAAUCUUAAAUUCAUAAAAUUAUUAUAUUCAGCCUUGAAAGACUAUACUAUAAAGUAAAAUUAAAAGUGUGGAUAUAGUAGCAUGGUAUGAACUUAAAUAAUCUGUCAUGAAAUCAUUGUUAGUAAAUCAAUUUAUUGUAAACGUAAUAUACUAAGUACUACGUUUACAAUCCAAGUAAUAGGUACAAAUUUACUAGGUGUCUAUUUUAUUUAUAACGAAAUAUUCAUUCUCACAAUUCACUUUAAUUUAUUGCAUAUCCCCAUUUUAGUCUAAAAAUUAUUCACAAUAACUCGAGAUGAAAGGAUUAUAUUGAAUUGUUUAAAAGUGAAUAAACUAGUAAAGCGUUUAAAAAUGUAGUUUGUAGUAGGUAAUUAUACUUCAUAUAUAUAUAGAACUUAGCUUAAAGGACACAUUAUAAAAGACUAUGUAAUAAAAGUAGAUUUCUACAAACAUUUUUUACAUCCCCAAAUUAAUAAUUGGACACAAAGUAUAGGACGACACUAUUCAUCAUUUCACAUAAAGGCUGUCGAAAACAUUUAUUUAUAUUUCUACCAUUUAAGAAUUGAAGAUCUCUAAAAUAUCUGUGAUAAACCACACUCGAGAAUCAUUAUUUUGUAUUGUAGUUUUAUCUGCGUACCAGUGUUUUUUGUCUAUUUUCUUUAUGAGUGUCUGUGUAACCUUAGAUUAUUUAUAAUGAAUGUAAUUUUAUGACCAUGUAUGGAUACUAUAAUAAAAUUUUA